UCUCCCGCCCGCGCGGAGUCUUGAGGGGCGUCAGGAAAGGGCAGGCGGCGGCCGAGCUGGCCGAGCGGCCCCUGAGGAGGUCUCGAGGGUACUCGAGGCCCAGCUCGGAGCUCGCGCGGCAGGCGUGGGUCUCCGCAGGGCCCUGCCCUCCCGGUUCGCUUCCCGCCUCCGAGGAGUCCGAUUCUGUGAGAUUGGACACUGCUCCCCUCUCCCCUCGCGCGAGACCCUCCCUCCCCUCUCCAGCUCAGUUUCCCCGACCCGGGAACGGUCACGUUCUUCCGCGGCCGGACUUGAUCAGGACAGGGCUGGGGAGCCCCGGGCGCUCCCCUGCGGCUCCCUUGGUUCCAGCCUCGAACGGGCGGGAGUUUCGCCCCGGCCCCUUUUGGUGCUUGCUAUGGGACUUCACGCUCCUGCGUCUUCCGUCUGUUUCCACCCCCUCUACUUUCUUAACCUCUUUGGAGCAAAGUCAGGUUUGGUCGCGUCUGUGAAAUCUCUUGCUGAUUCUUCUAAUCUUUAUCUUGCCUUUUUUUUUUUUCUUCUCCCCCCCCCCCUUUUUUUGAAAAUUUUGUUUGUUUCUUUGCCUGUAUGCCUAUUAGGAUUUGGUGGGCUUGAGACUGCCAACUCCACCGCCAGUGGGUUUAAUUUUGGGGGUUUCGGAUUAACUGCUAAUCCUGCAGUGAACUUUAAUAUUGGGAAUUUCGGUGUAUCUACUACCUCGGCGACUCCGUUCAAUUUUGGUAACAGUCUGGCAAGUGCAGGUGGGUUUGGAGGAUUUGGGACAACAACUACUACUGCGGGUUCUGCGUUCAGCUUUUCCACCCCAGCUAACACAGGCACCACUGGACUCUUUGGUGGUACUCAGAACAAAGGUUUUGGAUUUGGUACUGCUUUUGGCACAACAACAGGAACUAGUACUGGGUUAGGUACUGGUUUGGGAACUGGACUGGGAUUUGGAGGAUUUAACACACAGCAGCAGCAGCAGACUACAUUAGGUGGUCUCUUCAGCCAGCCUACACAAGCUCCUACCCAGUCCAACCAGCUGAUAAAUACUGCAAGUGCUCUUUCUGCCCCAACACUACUGGGAGAUGAGAGAGAUGCUAUUUUGGCAAAAUGGAAUCAACUACAGGCCUUUUGGGGAACAGGGAAAGGAUAUUUCAACAAUAACAUCCCACCUGUGGAAUUCACACAAGAAAAUCCCUUCUGCCGAUUUAAGGCAGUAGGCUAUAGCUGCAUGCCCAAUAACAAGGACGAAGAUGGAUUAGUUGUUUUAGUUUUCAACAAAAAAGAAACAGAUAUUCGAAGUCAGCAACAGCAGUUGGUAGAAUCAUUGCAUAAAGUUUUGGGAGGAAUCCAGACCCUCACUGUAAAUGUAGAGGGUAUUAAAACAUUGCCAGAUGACCAGACAGAAGUUGUCAUUUAUGUUGUUGAGCGAUCUCCAAAUGGUACUUCAAGAAGAGUUCCAGCUACAACACUGUAUGCCCAUUUUGAACAAACCAACGUAAAAACACAAUUGCAGCAGCUCGGCGUAACUCUUUCUAUGACUAGAACAGAACUUUCUCCUGCGCAGAUCAAACAACUUUUACAGAAUCCUCCUGCUGGUGUUGAUCCUAUUAUCUGGGAACAAGCCAAAGUGGAUAACCCUGAUGCUGAAAAGUUAAUUCCUGUACCAAUGGUGGGUUUCAAAGAACUUCUCCAUAGACUGAAGGUUCAAGAUCAGAUGACUAAGCAGCAUCAGACCAGAUUAGAUAUUAUAUCUGAAGAUAUUAGUGAGCUACAAAAGAAUCAGACCACAACUAUGGCCAAAAUUGCGCAAUACAAGAGGAAACUCAUGGAUCUUUCCCACAGAACCUUACAGGUCCUAAUCAAACAGGAAAUUCAAAGGAAGAGAGGCUAUGCCAUCCAGGCUGGUGAGGAGGAGUUGCGGGUUCAGCUAGAUACAAUUCAGUGUGAACUGAAUGCACCUACCCAGUUCAAGGGCCGACUAAAUGAACUGAUGUCCCAAAUCAGGAUGCAGAAUCAUUUUGGAGCCGUGAAAUCUGAAGAAAGAUAUUACAUAGAUGCAGAUCUGUUACAAGAAAUCAAGCAGCAUUUGAAACAACAACAAGAAGGCCUUAGUCACUUGAUCAGCAUUAUAAAAGACGACCUAGAAGACAUAAAGUUGGUAGAGCAUGGAUUGAAUGAGACCAUCCACAUCAGAGGGGGCAUCUUUACUUGACAGUUCAUGAACUUCUGUUAGAGGUUUGCAUUGUAAAAUGCGUCCUCCUACCACUUCGAGCCUUCCUUUAGAAUAAAACUGACAGUCCUGACAGUCGGAAAGGAAAGAAAACAGGCCUCUCUUGGCCUGCUUCUUUGAGAAGGUUAAUGACGAGUUACCUUUCAUCAGAUCUGAAAUACACAAUUACCCAAAGUAUACGUACUUUCGUACAUUUUUACAACAGCAUUUUCUCAUCCAUAAUCAGUGUUUAAUGAUUAUUCUCCAUUGAGCCUGCUUUCCAUAGCAAGUAAACACGAAAUACUUUGCACAUAACAAAAUAAAUUGUAUAAUUUCUUGACUGUUAGAGAUUUGUACUUCAGAGUGUAAAAGUACUUCAGUUUUUAUAUUUGAAUUCAUCUCUGAGGGGAGUAAAGAAAAUCCAAAAUUAUUUAAUAAUUAAUAUGUUUUUCUUUUUCUUUGAAGAUCUGAAAAUAUAUUUUUAUAUUAUUUUACUUAUUUGGAAUUUACAGAACAAAAAUAAGUAAUUAGGAUAUAACAAAAUUACUGUUUUUUCAACUUUGUUUUUUAAACCUUUUAUUUCUAUAAAAGAUC